CUUGCCUAAAGGAAGCCUGAAGAUGCAGUUGGAGCACCAUUACCUGGAUGUUUCUGGAGAAGCACUGACCAAAGUGCGAAGAUAUUGUUAUGGACAGAGUGUGCACAGAGAUGGGUGUGAAAGAGGACAGCAUGGCAACUGAGGAUGAAAAAGAAGAAAAUGAAAAGCAAGACGAAGUACAUCAGAAACUCUGGCAACCAAGUUUCUACAUUAAAGUUGACAAGGAGAUUCAUUACUUUGCCGGUCAUGAAAUCAGUAUCUGGGAGUCUCUUGAUUCUUAUGGCGGCACCAUAUGGCCAGCGGCAGUGGCCCUAUGCAAAUUCCUGGAAACAAGCCAAGAGCAGAUCAAUCUACUUGACCAAGAAACUCUAGAACUUGGGGCAGGCACUGGUCUGCUGUCUGUAGCUGCAAUAUUGUUGGGUGCCAAAUUAACAGCUACAGAUCUGCCAGAUCUCUUGGGUAACCUGAGAUGUAACUUGAAUCGGAACACAAGAGGUCAUAGGAGGCAUGAACCUCGAGUGGCUGCGCUGUCCUGGGGUCAUGAACUUGAGCAAAGUUUCCCUCACUCAGAGUACCAUUACGACUAUGUACUGGCUGCUGACGUGGUAUACCAUCAUGGUUUCCUGGAUGAGCUGCUGCUUACCAUGCAGUAUUUCUGUCAACCGGGCACAACUCUGAUCUGGGCCAACAAAGUUCGUUACCCGUCUGAUUUGGUCUUCGUUGAGAACUUCAAGAAAGCCUUUAAUGUCACACUGCUAACAGAGUUGGAUGAGGUAAGGAUUUACUUGGCAGCCAACAGACAACUAGAUGAGGAAGAUGACCAUACGGAAAGCAUAAACAAAAAAGAAGAGAUGGAAAAUGGGCACAAUUACAGAAAUGAAACAAAGAGAAAUGAGCAGGAAAAGCUGAGAACACAUGAAUACAAAGAAGCAAAGGAAGAGACUGAAAGCCAACGAAGCCAUGCAAAUAAACAGAACCCUGCAGGAGAGGAAAGUCGAAAUGAAAAAGACUUCAACAAUGGUUCUGUCAAGAACAUGGAACUUGACAGAAAAGAGAGACAAAGUGAAGAUGCAGCAUUUGAACAGAAAGUGGAGGAUGAGGAUUGUGAGCCUGAAAAGGAGAAGAAUGAGCAAGAGAAGUACAUAGAUGAAAAAGUCAGAGAAUCUGCAGAUUGUUUGGAGACAAAUGGACAGUUGGCUUAUCGGAGGGCUUGGGAACCCAACAUGUACUACAUGCCUGGCAAAGAGAUUCAUUACUUCUUGGGUCACAAAAUAACUAUAGAGGAAUCUAUUGAUUCUUAUGGUGCCAUGAUAUGGCCAGCGGCGGUAGCUCUUUGUAAAUUCCUGGAAACACCAGCAGGUCAACAACAAAUUAAUCUACUGGAUAAGUCAGUUCUGGAGAUUGGAGCAGGCACUGGUCUACUGUCAGUUGCUGCCACGUUACUUGGUGCCAGAUUAACAGCCACAGAUCUGCCUGGAAUUUUGAGCAAUCUGAGAUUCAAUCUGAAUCGGAACACCAGGAGUGUCCGGAGACAUGAACCCAAAGUAAUGGAACUAUCGUGGGGUCAUAUGUUAGAAGAAACCUUUCCACAGUGCAGUUAUCACUAUGACUAUGUUUUAGCAGCAGAUGUGGUCUAUCAUCAUGGCUUCUUAGAUGAACUUCUGGUCACCAUGCAUCAUUUCUGUCAGCCUGGCACAACAAUCAUCUGGGCCAAUAAAAUACGCUACCCAUCUGAUCUGGUCUUUGUUGAAAACUUCAAGAAAACCUUCAAUGCUACAUUGAUAGCAGAGUUGGAUGAGGUACGGAUUUACUCUGCAACCCACAGAGCACUAGGUGAAAACGAUGACCUCAUGAAAAGCAUGAUGAAAGAAGAGAUGGACAAAGUACACAAUUACAGUAAUGAAGGAAUGCGAAAUGAAGCACAACAAAAAGAGGAAGAGGUAAAAACACAGGAAUAUGAAGAAGCAAAGCAGGAGAGUGAGAGCAAAGGGAAACUUGCAGAUAAUCAGAACCCAGCAGGAGAGGAACCACAAAAUGAAAAAGACUGCAAUAAUAGUUGUAUCUCCGGGGACAAAGAUAUUUACAUAAGAGAAAGUGAAGAUGUAAUGCUUCAAAAGAAAGGGGACGAUGAGCCCCAGAAACAGGAGGAUGAGGUAUGUGGGCCUCAGAAAAAGGAUGACAAGCAAGAAACGUAUGCUGGAAAAAAUGACAGGGAAUCUGAACAUGCUGAGAAAGAUGAGGAAUCCCAGGGUUAUAGUGAAUCCAAAUCUACUUCUAAUGCUCACACAGAGGAAAGAUCAGACUGCUUGGAGACAAGUGGGCAGUCGGCUUAUCGGAGGGCUUGGGAACCCAACAUGUACUACAUGCCUGGCAAAGAGAUUCACUACUUCUUGGAUCAUAAAAUCAGUAUAGAAGAGUCCAUUGAUUCCUAUGGUGCCGUGAUAUGGCCAGCGGCAGUAGCUCUUUGUAAAUACUUGGAAACUCCAGAAGGACAAGAGCAAAUUAAUCUAUUAGAUAAAACAGUCCUGGAGAUUGGAGCAGGCACUGGUCUACUGUCAAUUGUGGCCACGUUGCUUGGUGCGAUUUUAACAGCCACAGAUCUGCCUGGAAUUUUGAGCAAUCUGAGAUUCAAUCUGAAUCGGAACACCAGGAGUGUCCGGAGACAUGAACCCAAAGUAAUGGAACUAUCGUGGGGUCAUAUGUUAGAAGAAACCUUUCCACAGUGCAGUUAUCACUAUGACUAUGUUUUAGCAGCAGAUGUGGUCUAUCAUCAUGGCUUCUUAGAUGAACUUCUGGUCACCAUGCAUCAUUUCUGUCAGCCUGGCACAACAAUCAUCUGGGCCAAUAAAAUACGCUACCCAUCUGAUCUGGUCUUUGUUGAAAACUUCAUGAAAACCUUCAAUGCUACAUUGAUAGCAGAGUUGGAUGAGGUACGGAUUUACAAGGCCACACAUAAGUCUUCAGAUGACAAUAACAUUGUAAACAGGGUCAUAAAGGAAGAGGACAGGGAAGACAAGGAGGGAGAGAAUUGCGAAGAGGACAACGAGCACAAGGAGAAAGAAGAGAAGAAUGAAGCUUUGGAAAAAUUUCAAAAAGAUGGGAUGAUGGAGCAGGAUGUGGAAGAAGAGAAACAUGGACAGCCCCAAGACUAUGAGGGUCUCCAACCUACAGCAGGUGCUACAAUACAUGGUAACAUAGGAAAAAAGAGGUCAGUCUACCAAAAGGUCUCAGAAAUGGACAGGAAGCUUUGUGAAGAGAGGUACUACUUUGCUGGACAUGAAAUAAGAAUUGUUGACAGCUUUGAGCCCUAUGGACCUACUGUUCGGCCAGCAGCCUUGGCUCUCUGUAAAUUCCUGGAGACCAACCCAAAGCAGAUAAAUCUUAAAAGUAAAGCUGUAUUGGAACUUGGGGCAGGUACAGGUUUGGUGUCUAUUGUGGCCAGUCUCUUAGGGGCCUGGGUGACAGCAACAGACAAACCAGCUGUCCUUGACAACCUGUCCAGCAACCUGUCUAGCAACACAAGAGGACUCAGUAAGCACGCUCCACAAGUGGAGGCACUGUCCUGGAACAAUAACCUAUCCCGGUCCUUCCCUCGUGCGACAUAUCAUUAUGAUGUUGUCCUUGCAGCUGAUGUGGUACAUCAGCACAACCUCUUGGACGAUCUGCUGGCCACCAUGCGCCAUUUCUGCCAGCCUGGCACAACCUUGAUCUGGGCCAACAGAGUGAGGACUCAGACCGAGACCACCUUCACUGAGCGCUUCAAAAGAACCUUCAGCACCAAACUGCUGGCACAGAUGGAAGAGGUGGAGAUAUAUAUGGCAAAGGCUCAUGGACAUUGAUGGACUUAGUGCACCAACGUUGUACGGUGAUACUUUCAUUUCAGUGAACAGCUUUCCAUCUAAAUAUGCUAAGUAAAGCAAAUUUUUCAGUUAAAUGUAGUCAGAAAAUAUAGAAUUUCUGUCAAAACUGGAAUAUCUUGUGCUUUGUAGGCUGGUCAACCAGUAUGACCACGCGUGACCGACCUUAGACCAGCAUAGACUAGCAUAAAACAGCAUGGCAUGCAUUCCUCGCUGGUCUGUGCUGUUUGUUUCUCAGCAGGAAUGGCUUGCCUUUUUUUCCAAUUUUUAUUUUUGUACAUGAGGAAAUGUACCAAAAAUGGUCUUCACAAUAAAAUAUUGAAUUCAA